AGCCACCAAUUACCACGCUGAUUGGUCAAGCUACAGAUUACCUAACCGGAAGUCAUCAUCACUUCCACUGUGACCAUGUAAGUCUUAACCUUAUUUAAAGGUCCUAGUCACGAAAUGGAAGGAUGCUAUCCUCCCCAAGAUGGUGCUACUGUGGAGGGCUAGUUGUUUGGUCCACUGCUUAACGUUGUGUUCUUUAGCAGUAUAUUCCAUGAAUGUCUCUGAGAAAUGCACGCAGGACACCAGGACUUUCCUCUCAGAGCUAAACAAGGACCUGCCCAGUGAAUAUGCUGCUUUAAUGUAUGAUGCCUUUGGGAAGAUGGGUAGUGAUGUGGUGGGGGGCAACGUGAACAGGCCUGGGUCUCUCCAGGAGUGUCUGUCUGUCCAGGGACCCUCCUUUACUGGGCAGUACUGCCAGGUCUUCCUCAAACAAGACCCAAUCCAGUACUUUGUUGGAAUAUGUGUUCCUGAUUCCUGUGUGGAGGAAGAGGUUCAGACACUAGUUGUUUACGAGACCUUCCAGCAGGCCAGGACCUCCCUGAUCCCUCCAGUACCAUCCACCCUACUGGCCCAGUCCACUCAGGGCCUGUUCAUGACCCAGUGUCUGUCCCAUACUGGUGCUCCAGACCUGUCUGUUGUCACCUGCCUAUUUGUGUGUUGUGCGUUGGUGGCCGUCCCCUUGACUGCAACCCUGUUCGUGGCCAUAGUGAGAUGGCAGAGAAACAGAGAGGUUGGUCCUGGAGUAGAGUCUUCUUCUCUGAAAACCAGGGACCCAAACCUCUAUGGGACGCUGAUAUCCAACGGCACGUCUAGUGGUGGAGGCAGUAACAGCUGCUCUGGACAACUGGACAGCCAGAUGGAGCAAUACACAGAGGAGGAAGAGGAAGAGGGGGAGGAGGACGGCAGUAAGAAGAGUUGUAUGUACUCGUGGCUCCAGGCCUUCUCCUUCCAGGCCUGCAGCCAGGAGGUCCUCUCUACAGCUAGCCCAGGUGGAGGCUACUCCUCCCUGAAUGGGAUCCGCAUCUUUAGCCUUCUAUGGAUAAUCUGUGGACACACUGUCCAGCUCAGCGCCUGGAACAACCUAGAUAAUGACAAGAGAUGGAAAGAGACAGUGGAGAAAAACCCUCUGCAUGUGUUUGCCUUCAGUGGACCUGUCUAUCUGGCUGUGGAUACCUUUCUGCUCCUAGGGGGUCUUUUGAGUGCAAGGUCCCUGCUGGGGUCCAUCCAGAGAGCGGAGGACAAACUGAGUCCAGGUCUGGUGGCCAACUUCCUCUUCAAGAGGUUUAAAAGAGUCCAGCCGCUGCACCUCUUCAUCGUGUGUCUCGCUAUCGGCCUCUUCUCCGUGGUCCAGAGAGGCGCAUUCUGGUUCAUUGCCGAGGAUGAGAUCAUCAACUGUAAAAAGUACUGGUGGUCCAACCUGCUACUGGUCAACAACCUCUUCACCAUCACUGACAUAUGUGCUCCAUGGACCUGGUAUCUGUCCCUGGAUUUCCAGUUCUAUGCAACAACCCCCCUGCUCAUCUACCUCUAUAGGCUGAACAAAGGUGUUCUGGUUGGUGUGGCUUCAGCUCUGCUGUUUCUGUCCAGUCUGACUAGCGCUGUUCUCACUGCCCUAUUGCACCUCCCAGUUCACCAGCCUACCACACUAAAGUAUGAAAACUACUUCCAGUAUUACUACAAUAAACCCUACACCAGAUACGGGCCCUACCUGAUCGGGAUCCUGGCAGGGAUAAGCAUGACAACUAAGAAAGGCCACCUUUUAAAACAUCAGUGGCAGGCUGCAGUAGGUUGGUUCUGCUGCCUGUCAGUCAUGGCGAUAUUGGUAGGAUUGGCCUAUGUCCUCCGGGAUGUCCCACCCCAGCCGUCCGCGCCUCACGCCCUCUACCAGGGGAUCCAUCGCUCCCUCUGGGCCCUGGCCGUGGCCUGGAUCAUACUGGCCUGUGAGGAGGGAUACGGAGGAUUCGUUGAUAACCUCCUGUCACUAAAUCUGUGGGUUCCUUUGUCCAACAUCAGCUUUGCCUGUUACCUGAUCCAUCCUGUUCUUAUUAUACUAUACAACGGCAAACAGGAGACUCCUAUACACUACACAGACAUGAACUUUUUUUAUCUGUUCCUGGGUCACAUGAUUUUGACGGUGGUGAUUGGCUAUGUGCUGACCGUGUUGGUGGAGAAGCCCUACCUCUUCCUCAAGGGCAAUAAGGCUUAAGGACACAACCCCCUCGACCCUCCUCCUCUACGACAUGACCCCUAGACCCUCCUCUCUAGGACAUGACCCCUAGACCCUCCUCUCUACGACAUGACUCCUAGACCCUCCUCCUCUAGGACAUGACCCCUAGACCCUCCUCUCCACGACAUGACCCCUAGACCCUCCUCUCUACGACAUGACCCCCUAGACCCUCCUCCUCUAGGACAUGACCCCUAGACCCUCCUCCUCUACGACAUGACCCCUAGACCCUCCUCUCCACGACAUGACCCCUAGACCCUCCUCUCUACGACAUGACCCCUAGACUCUCCUCCUCUAGGACACGACCCCUUCGACCCUCCUCCUCUACGACAUGACCCCUAGACCCUCCUCUCUACGACAUGACCCCUAGACCCUCCUCUCUACGACAUGACCCCUAGACCCUCCUCCUCUAGGACAUGACCCCUAGAGCCUCCUCCUCUACGCAUGACCCCUAGACCCUCCUCUCUACGACAUGACCCUAGACCCUCCUCCUCUAGGACAUGACCACUAGACCCUCCUCCUCUACGACAUGACCCCUAGACCCUCCUCCUCUAGGACAUGACCCCUAGACCCUCCCCCACUACGACAUGACCCCUAGACCCUCCUCCUCUAUGACAUGACCCCUAGACCCUCCUCCUCUAGGACAUGACCCCUAGACCCUCCUCUCUACGACAUGACCCCUAGACCCUCCUCUCUAGGACAUGACCCCUAGACCCUCCUCCUCUACGACAUGACCCCUAGACCCUCCUCCUCUACGACAUGACCCCUAGACCCUCCUCUCCACGACAUGACCCCUAGACCCUCCUCCUCUACGACAUGACCCCUAGAGCCUCCUCCUCUAGGACAUGACCCCUAGACCCUCCUCUCUACGACAUGACCCCUAGACCCUCCUCCUCUAGGACAUGACCCCUAGACCCUCCUCUCUACGACAUGACCCCUAGACCCUCCUCCUCUACGACAUGACCCCUAGACCCUCCUCUCUACGACAUGACCCCUAGACCCUCCUCCUCUACGACAUGACCCCUAGAGACUCCUCCUCUACGACAUUACCUCUAGACCCUCCUCCUCUACGCAUGACCCCUAGACCCUCCUCUCUACGACAUGACCCCUAGACCCUCCUCUCUACGACAUGACCCCUAGACCCUCCUCCUCUAGGACAUGACCACUAGACCCUCCUCCUCUACGACAUGACCCCUAGACCCUCCUCCUCUAGGACAUGACACCUAGACCCUCCCCCUCUACGACAUGACCCCUAGACCCUCCUCCUCUAUGACAUGACCCCUAGACCCUCCUCUCUACGACAUGACCCCUAGACCCUCCUCCUCUACGACAUGACCCCUAGACCCUCCUCUCUACGACAUGACCCGAAGACCCUCCUCCUCUACGACAUGACCCCUAGACCCUCCUCUCUAGGACAUGACCCCUAGACCCUCCUCCUCUAGGACAUGACCCCUAGACCCUCCUCUCUACGACAUGACCCCUAGACCCUCCUCUCUAGGACAUGACCCCUAGACCCUCCUCUCCACGACAUGACCCCUAGACCCUCCUCCUCUACGACAUGACCCCUAGAGCCUCCUCCUCUAGGACAUGACCCCUAGACCCUCCUCCUCUACGACAUGACCCCUAGACCCUCCUCCUCUACGACAUGACCCCUAGACCCUCCUCCUCUACGACAUGACCCCUAGACCCUCCUCUCUACGACAUGACCCCUAGACCCUCCUCCUCUACGACAUGACCCCUAGACCCUCCUCCUCUACGACAUGACCCCUAGACCCUCCGCCUCUACGACAUGACCCCUAGACCCUCCUCCUCUACGACAUGACCCCUAGACCCUCCUCUCUACGACAUGACCCCUAGACCCUCCUCUCUACGACAUGACCCCUAGACCCUCCUCUCUACGACAUGACCCCUAGACCCUCCACCUCUACGACAUGACCCCUAGACCCUCCUCCUCUACCACAUGACCCCUAGACCCUCCUCCUCUACCACAUGACCCCUAGACCCUCCUCUCUGCGACAUUACCCCUAGACCCUCCACCUCUACGACAUGACCCUUAGACCCUCCUCCUCUACGACAUGACCCCUAGACCCUCCUCCUCUACGACAUGACCCCUAGACCCUCCUCCUCUAGGACAUGACCUCUAGACCCUCCUCCUCUACGACAUGACCCCUAGACCCUCCUCUCUACGACAUGACCCCUAGACCCUCCUCCUCUACGACAUGACCGCUAGACCCUCCUCCUCUAGGACAUGACCUCUAGAACCUCCUCCUCUAGGACAUGACCCCUAGACCCUCCUCUCUACGACAUGACCCCUAGACCCUCCUCCUCUAGGACAUGACCCCUAGACCCUCCUCCUCUAGGACAUGACCACUAGACCCUCCUCCUCUACCACAUGACCCCUAGACCCUCCUCCUCUAGGACAUGACCCCUAGACCCUCCUCUCUACGACAUGACCCCUAGACCCUCCUCCUCUAGGACAUGACCCCUAGACCCUCCUCUCUACGACAUGACCCCUAGACCCUCCACCUCUACGACAUGACCCCUAGACCCUCCUCCUCUAGGACAUGACCACUAGACUCUCCUCCUCUACCACAUGACCCCUAGACCCUCCUCCUCUAGGACAUGACCCCUAGACCCUCCUCUCUACCACAUGACCCCUAGACCCUCCUCUCUACGACAUGACCCCUAGACCCUCCACCUCUACCACAUGACCCCUAGACCCUCCCCCUCUACGACACUCCUGUAGAUCUGAAAGGAUUGGAUAGCUGUGAGCAGUAUGGCCAUAAAUUUAAAGGAAUGAUGUAUGGGCUGAUUUAUAAAGAUGACCGUAUUCAUUGUAAGAUGGAAGAUGUGAGGUGUAAAUGAUUGUAUAAUUUGCCAUGUAUAAAAACUGAGACAUAAAGUCUGAACAGAGUGGUAUGUUAGAAUGUAAUACUAUUUCUAUGGUUAGAAUGUUUAACGCUGACUGUAGUAUUGAGGUGCAAUGUUACUCGUGAAGCCAAGCAGUAUAAGAAGAGCUCUUCACUAGAUACAUAAACAUUCAAAGGCCAUUUUCUCAAAAGUGAGUUUACAACUUGAUCAACUUUCAAAGCAGAAUUACUUUCCCAUUGUUCCUCAAAUGCUGUGUAUGAUAAACCAUUUUGCUGAUAAA